AUGGAUAAUCGUGGCAGACAAGCGCCUGCAAACAAAACUCCUGGAGAACAGAUACAAGAGAAAAUGAAAGAAAGCAAUAAAGUGCCAGUAAAAUUAAACAUUUAUAAGAAAGUGUUUGGUACAGAAUACCAUUUAGCGUUCUAUCACCCCAAGAAGGAUCAAUGUAGCAUUUGUAACAAUUACAAAAAAGAUAAAACUAAUAUAAAUAUUCAAAAUGAGUAUACUCAACAUAUAGAGCGAAAAGAGGCAUCUUAUAGAUCUAAAAAGCUGGAUAAAAAGAAGUCGGGAGAAGAUGAAUCAUAUUUGUGUGUCACCAUGGACUUGCAAAGUCUACUGCAGAUUCCAUCGACUGCAGAUAGUCUAAUGUAUUAUUCCAGAAAAUUAAAUUUAUAUAAUUUAUCUAUUUAUGAGUUUAAACCUUCACAGAACGACGCUCACUGUAUGAUCUGGACGGAAAUAAACGGCAAAAGAGGCAGUGUUGAAAUAGCAUCUGCUAUUCAUUUAUGGAUUAAGAAUCUCCCCGAGGUUUUAACGCACGUCACCAUUUAUUCCGACACGUGCUCGGGACAAAACCGAAAUCAGUACAUAGCAGCAUUUUUAUUGUACUUAGUACAUACGCAUGAGACAAUCAAAGUAUUAGAACAGAAGUAUCUAGAAAGUGGUCAUGGUUUUAUGGAAGUAGAUUCAAUGCAUAGUGCCAGAGAAAAAGAAAAAAUGUACACAGACACGUAUUCUAUAAUAGAUUGGAAGGGAAUUAGGCUACGGGCAAGAUCAAAAAGACAAAAUAAAAAUGUAACUCUAUAUAAUGUAACUGAAUUAUCAUAUCAAGACAUGAUUGAUGUAAAAGCACUUGCUUCGAAAAUAAUUAAAAACAAAACUAUAGCGGAGAAUGGGAAGAAAGUGUGCUGGUUGAAUAUAAAAUGUCUUAGAUUUGAAAAAGAAUUACCUGGUUUUAUUAAAUACAAAUACUAUUACGAUGGGCCAUAUAACUUACUAAAUACUCUUUGUAAACCAGGGAGACCGACUAGGAGAACUCCAAACUUUCCCGGGCAUGUAAACAAUGUCUUCCUAUAA